CUCCGAGUCUGGGCCUCCUCUCUGUGCUGCGAUCAUCUAAUGCUUCAUUUGGCCCCCUGUGGUACCCACAACUGCUGCCUAUGCUUGUACAGUGUGACUUGCAAGGCCCAUCUACAUUCCUCGCUGGCCCGGGCAGUAUGAUGCCCUCUGAGCCAGCAGUGAAAAAGGAGGCAGCCCCGGAGCCAUGGCGGUGCCUGGUAUGCUACCUCUGCUUCUUCGGCUUCAUGGCACAGAUGCGGCCCGGCGAGAGCUUCAUCACACCCUACCUCCUGGGGCCGGACAAGAACUUCACACAGGAGCAGGUCACCAACGAGAUCACACCAGUGCUGUCCUACUCAUACCUGGCAGUGCUGGUACCCGUGUUCCUGCUCACUGACUACCUGCGUUAUAAGCCGGUGCUGCUGCUGCAGUGUCUGAGCUACGUGUGCGUGUGGCUGCUGCUACUUCGUGGCCGUGCGGUACUGCACAUGCAGCUCAUGGAGUUCUUUUACAGCAUCACCAUGGCGGCGCGCAUUGCCUACUCCUCCUAUGUCUUCUCCCUCGUGCAGCCUGCACGCUACCAGCGCGUGGCUAGCUAUUCGCGGGUCGCCGUGCUGCUGGGUGUCUUCACCAGCUCUGUGCUGGGUCAGCUGCUGGUCACUGUGGGCCGCAUCUCCUUCUCCACGCUCAACUACAUCUCCCUGGCCUUCCUCACCUUCAGCCUGGUCCUCGCCCUCUUCCUGAAGCGCCCCAAGCGCAGCCUGUUCUUCAACCGCAGCGUGCCCAUGCACCCGUCCUCGCCCUGUGAGCUGGACCAGAUGAACCCCAGCCCAGGCCGGCCAAAGGGUGCCAAGCUGCUGGCCACCUGCAGGGACUCGGUCCUGGUGCGCAUGCUAUGUGAGCUGGGCCACAGCCUGCAGCUGCCGCAGCUGCGCCUCUGGUCCCUCUGGUGGAUCUUUAACUCGGCCGGCUACUACCUGAUCGUCUACUAUGUGCACAUCCUGUGGAACAUGGUGUACCCCACCACAGACAGUACACGAGUCUACAACGGUGGGGCAGACGCCGCCUCCACUCUGCUCGGUGCCAUCACAUCCUUUGCCGCCGGCUUUAUGAAGAUCCGCUGGGCCCUGUGGUCAAAGCUGGUCAUCGCAGUUGUCACGGCCACUCAGGCUGGACUGGUCUUCCUUCUAUAUAGCUCCCAUGACAUCUGGCCCUGCUAUGCCUACCAGUUCCUAGUGCCCAUUGCUACGUUUCAGAUCGCUUCUUCCCUAUCGAAAGAGCUCUGUGCCCUAGUCUUUGGAGUCAACACGUUCCUGGCCACCGUUCUCAAAACCAUCAUUACCCUCAUUGUCUCAGACAAGCGGGGCUUAAGCUUAUCUGUCCGCUCUCAGUUCCUCGUUUACUUUGUGUACUUCCUGGUGCUAUGUGGCAUCUACUUCACGGGGGCCAUGUUGGACCUGCUGCACUACUUACGGCAGAAGCAUCACCAGCCCCUGCCCCUGGCCCCGGAGCUGAGGAGUCCUGCAGAAAAGACUAUGCAAGCACUGGGUCUGCAGGACAGGGACCUCAGUGGCCUGCAGCCAUUGGCUCCACCACCCCUGGAGCACAGCAUGGAGGACAGCACGAGGGCCCCACAGCUGGCCUCCCCAGAGGAAGAUGGCCAGGACAAGGCCUGACCCACUUGGCCUGCCGGAUUCCUGACCCCAGCAACAGCUCCGUCCUGAUCCAGCCUGGGGCCGAGACACGCAGACGAGUGCCAGCAAGCCUGUUCCGCAGUGUACACAUUCCAGUGUGCAGAAUGUUGAGCCAGUGACUCGGGGGCCCACAGGGUGCCUUUGUGGUAACCUCCAAGUGUUCAUGCCUCACAGCUGUGGCCCCAGCCUCAGCCAAGAGAGGGCUUUGGCUAUCCGCAGCCCUACCCCUCAGCCCUGCUGGCGCUCAGGGCAGCUACCUGGCCAUGGCUCACACUGGCCACUACAGCUGUGGUUACCUCUUCCUAUGGCCCUCAGGCCCUCUGCCUUCGUCCCUGUGGGAGGCAAAUCCUGUUUCUGGGAUUGGUGAGGUGCCUGCCUCCAGAGACACUUCCCUCAGGGGGCCCCGUGUCCUCCAGGGCAGGGGUGGACACCCAGUUCCCAGGCCCAGGGCUAAACUGUGACAUUGCCUGGUGCUUGCCUUUUUGAGCAGUGUACAGAUGUGUUUUUAAAUUGAUGGAGUGAGGAGCCGCGUUUGGCCUCUCCAUCUGUGGAAGAUGCUGGUCUCAGGUGGUGCAGACUGUCCGUCAAUGAUAGUGGCAGCCCUGGUUCUAGGAGCCCUCAUUAUCACGUGGAUCACUGCUGCCCUACAGGUAGCAAGGGGUGGCUGGGGCUGACCGUAUGCUCAUGCCAGCCCAGAGGGGAUUUGCCCUGGGUCACCAAGGAUGUGUGGCUUCAGUGUGAGCUGACCUUGCCCAAGAGGGCCCCUGAAGAGGUCUGCCUUCUUAGGUUUACACCAGGAGUCUGUCCAGUGGCCUCAGCACUUCCCUGUGAGCUGGAGACAGUCCGUGGUACGAUCACUUUCCCAGGUACAUUAAACAAACCAUGAAACCUGA